CCCGCCAGUCCGGUGAGUCGAGUAUAGAGAGCAUAGAAGACCUAGGCCAGAAUCGAACCGCUGUUGGGUUGGCUCUUCGAUACGGUGGUGUCUCUCUCUCCGAUUGCUGACCGACCGUGGUCCGUCCGUCAUAUUCCCAGUUUUAAAGCAAGGUUGCGACUGGUGUUGUGACGCAGGAAGGUGCAGUGAUCUGUGUACGAAUUGCAAAGGGUCUGCCGGCCAUGGAGAAACGGAUAGAUCUGGAGAAACGGGGAAGAUCCCCCGGCGAAAUCAGAGAACUUGUCCUUGACAAUUGCCGAAGUACAUAUAUCGUAGGUUUGACAGAUGAAUUUGCUGCUUUAGAAUCUUUAAGUCUCAUCAAUGUGGGUCUUACCAGUUUAAAGGGUUUUCCAAAAUUGACAAGUCUUAGGAAGUUGGAACUUAGUGACAAUAGAAUUUCUGGUGGUUUAAAUCUUCUUCAAUCGAGUCCAAAGUUAACCACUCUUAAUCUUAGUGGUAACAAGAUCAAAGAUCUUGACACACUUCAACCUUUAAAAGAGUUCAAAAAUUUGAAAAAUUUGGAUCUAUUUAACAAUGAAGUAACAGAGUUGGACAACUAUAGAGACAAAGUCUUUAGCCUUAUUCCUAGUCUUCGAUACCUGGAUGGAUUUGAUAUAGAUGACUGUGAAGUAGACGACACUGAAGGAGAAGAUGACGAAGUAAAUGGAAAUGAGGAUGGCGAUGGAGAUGCCAAUGAAGAAGACAGUGAGGCAGAUGAAGAGGAUGAUGAUGAGUUUGACGAAGGCGGUGUAGGUUUAGAAACUGUAUACAAGGAUAGUCUGGAGGAUGAUAGCGAUGAAGAUGAAUUCUUAUGCGAUGAGGAAGAGGAGGAAGACGAUGAUGACAUUGAAGAUGUCGAACCAGAAGAAGAAGAGUCAUCUCCAGCACGAGGAAAGAAGAGAAAACACGAAGACGGAGCAGAUUCGGGGAACUAGAAGUAUCAAAAACAACGGUCUGAUAUUGCUGAAUGAGUGCAAAAUUCAUAUAAAUAAUAUCAGUAAUUGAGACGUCGAGUGAACCACCUGGGAAUCAAAGUAAUUGACCGACCAAUGACAAACUACAGUUAGUUGAGUGAAUUUAUCUGUAAAUCAUUGACUGGCAAAUUGUUUGUAGAACAACAAAACAUUGCGGUGAGAAAGGGCACGAAUGAAAAUAAAAUAGAAAAAAAAGCGAAUAACGAUAGCAUAAAAGAUGGAACUGCAUUCCAGCUGGACACAGUAUGUUUUAGUUAUUCUAACAAUAUUUUGUAUAGAGUAUAUCGCUAGAAUAUUAGUGGUGUUGCCUAGUGAACGAGGAAGAUCAGAUAUUGAUGGACUCAGAAGCGGCAGUGGAGUUUUACACAUGAAGGAGCAUAUUUGUCUGUUAGCUCCAGUCGGCCAAAACUUGGUCACGCUGGAAUGCAGUUGUCGUUAAUCAGUAAUCAGGUUACCUAAGUUACAUUUUAAAGACAUUAUUAUUGUACUAUGAGUAAGUCUAGAAUACACGAGGAACAACUUUUGUACAGGUUUACACCAUACAUUGAGGUGCAUUCCGCCUCUGUGAUUUUUGGGACAGAAAAUAAAGAGAUAAAUAUAUGUUGCUCAUACACGUGAGCGUAUACUUAUAAAAUACGUAUUAAGGUAGGGAAACUACAUCAU